GUGGAGCCCGGAGCGUCUACACCGGCCAUGAGUCGCGCGAGCGCCUGGGCCCCGCUCUGCCUGCUGCUGGCCGCCGUCGCCCCGCUCUCCCGGCAGCAGCCCCCGGAGAGACCUGUUUUCACAUGUGGCGGCAUUCUUACGGGAGAGUCUGGAUUUAUUGGCAGCGAAGGCUUUCCUGGAGUGUACCCUCCAAAUAGCAAAUGCACUUGGAAAAUCACAGUCCCCGAAGGGAAGGUCGUUGUUCUGAACUUCAGGUUCAUAGACCUGGAGAGCGACAACCUGUGCCGCUAUGACUUUGUGGAUGUGUACAACGGCCACGCCAACGGCCAGCGCAUCGGGCGCUUCUGCGGCACGUUCCGGCCGGGAGCCCUCGUGUCCAGUGGCAACAAGAUGAUGGUGCAGAUGAUCUCCGAUGCCAACACGGCAGGCAAUGGCUUCAUGGCCAUGUUCUCUGCCGCCGAACCAAAUGAAAGAGGAGAUCAGUAUUGUGGAGGACGCCUUGAAAGACCUUCUGGCUCUUUUAAAACCCCCAACUGGCCCGACCGGGAUUACCCUGCAGGAGUCACUUGUGUGUGGCACAUCAUAGCCCCGAAGAAUCAGCUUAUAGAAUUAAAGUUUGAAAAGUUCGAUGUAGAGCGAGAUAACUACUGCCGAUACGAUUACAUGGCUGUGUUCAACGGCGGGGAAGUCAACGAUGCCCAGAGAAUCGGAAAGUACUGUGGCGAUAGCCCCCCAGCGCCAAUUGUAUCAGAGAGAAAUGAACUUCUUAUUCAGUUUUUAUCAGAUUUAAGCUUAACUGCAGAUGGAUUUAUUGGACACUACAAAUUCAGGCCAAAAAAACUGCCGACAACCACAGUGCCACCUGUUACCACCACAGUUCCUGUGACAGCGACAGCAGGUGUAAAACCCACCGUGGCCCUGUGUCAGCAGAAGUGCAGGCGGUCGGGGACUCUGGAGAGCAAUUAUUGCUCAAGUAACUUCGUAUUAGCUGGCACGGUCAUCACAACUGUCACUCGAGGCGGGAGCCUGCACGCCACGAUCUCGAUCAUCAACAUCUACAAAGAGGGCAGCCUGGCCAUUCAGCAGGCCGGCAAGAACAUGAGCGCCCGGGUCACUGCGGUCUGCAAGCAGUGCCCGCUCCUCCGCAGGGGUAUGAAUUACAUUAUCAUGGGCCAAGUGGGUGAAGACGGGCGAGGCAAACUCAUGCCAAACAGCUUCAUCAUGAUGUUCAAGACCAAGAAUCAGAAGCUCCUGAAUGCCUUAAAGAACAAGCAAUGCUAACGGCGAAGCGCGUCAACGCAAUCCGCAUCCUGUCACUGCUUCUGGAAGAUCUGGCUUCCUUCAGAAGAACAAACGGCUGCACACAUUGCAUUUCGAGCACUAUGGGACUCACUCACUCUUCACCUGAAGGGGGUCCGAGACUUCCAGUCCCGCAGCUGGAAGUCGUGCGCCUGCCCCGAGAGGACCAGACGCCUGCCACCUCCGCGUGCUCACGGGGAUCUGAAGGUUGCAAGCACGGGCAGCCUGGGAGCAGUUUAUUUAUGUUUUUGUCAGAGGAUAUUUUAGGACUGAGUUGUGUGAAGAUACGGAAAAGAGAUUUUAUAAGUGCAAUAUUUAUAUAGUGAUACUUGUGUUUCUUUCAAGCAUCUGCUCCAAGGUGUUAUUCUUCUCUUGCAUUUUUUAAAUCAAUGCUUAAUAAAAUAUUUUUAAGUGAUUACAUAACAACCAUUAAACUUAGUUCUGUAUAAAGAGGCACACUGUAAAAAGAAUAAACCCUUUUA